AUGGCAACAGUGAAUGACGGUAAUGCACGACUUCACCGAGCUCGAAUUGUUGAUAAGUAUCUUGAAGAUCACGGUUGGGAACAAAUGGGAUGGCCAGCUCGAUCUACGGACCUGAAUCUGAUAGAACAUCUUUGGGGAUAUCUUGGCAGACAAGUUGCUGCUUUAAAUCUUCCUCCAAGGUCGUUACAUGAGCUGGAACAAGUGCCUUUGACUCUGCCAGAGUAUGUUGCUGUUGCUGGCGGAGCAGCUAUGUUGCCUUGUAAUUACACUCUUCCUGAUGACCCCGAUAAUGUUUCCCUGAUGCUUUGGUACCGGGAGCAGGCGAGAGCUCCAUUUUACACAUUGGACUUUCGGAAAGGAACGAGGGAUAAUCCAAAGCAUUUCCCAAUCACAUCCUACGCUAAGAGGGCUUAUUUUGAUGUAACUAAAAUCCCGCCAACUAUUAGGAUAGACUCCAUUACAGAAGAAGAUAAAGGUGCCUAUCGCUGCCAUGUCGAGUUUAGAAGAUUACGGACCGUGACUAGAAUGGUCAAGCUCAAUGUUUUAAUUCCUCCGCAAUCAGUAGUGAUAAUGGAUGACCGAGGUCAGACAUUACAAGGUAUGGCUGGACCAUACGACGAAGGAGCUUAUCUAUCACUAAUAUGUGAGUCAGAAGGAGGUGAUCCAUCGCCAUCCGUGACAUGGUGGCGUAAUAAAUCUCUUUUAGACGACACAUUUUAUCGAGCUUCGCAAAACUAUGUGAGGAAUGAACUUGUUAUAUUAGAACUUAGAAGGACAGACCUACUAGUGGAGUUAACGUGCCAAUCAACAAACACCAACUUGACAUCACCUUUAAAUCAAACCAUCAAAAUAGAUCUGAACUUAAAACCACUGUAUGCAAGAAUCACAUCUAUACAAAAGCCAUUAAAAGUUGGUGAUGAUGUGCGGUUAAACUGUGAAACGUCUGGAUCAAGACCUCCAGCAAAAAUUACUUGGUGGCUCGACAGCAAAAGGAUACAAAGUGGCAAAGAGUCAAUACCAAAUAACCGGAAUAUAACGUACAGCAGUUUAAUUUUGAAGCCAGGAAUUGAAGAUAAUGGCAAAGUGGUAACGUGCCGGUCCGAAAACACAGUCAUUUCCCACAGUCCGGUACAAGACACUUGGUUUCUGAAUGUACAUUUUCCUCCAGAAGUCACUCUACAGCUAGGAGCAAAUAUCAAGUAUUCUACGAUAAAAGAAGGUAACGAUGUUUACAUGGAAUGUGUGAUUCGGGCUAAUCCCCCUGUUGGGGAAUUAACUUGGCUUUUCGAAGGAAAACCCUUCUACAGCAACUCAUCAGCCGGGAUUAUAAUAUCCAACCAAUCCCUAGUCUUGCAAAAAGUGAAGAAGGAACACAGAGGGAAAUACCGGUGCAUUGCCAUUAACACCGAAGGAGAAGGCCGGAGCUCGGAUUUAUUUCUUGAAGUGCGAUAUGCUCCAGCAUGCAAGCCAGUAGCAAAAGAUGUUUUCGGUGUGGCUCGUGAAGAAGUGGUAAAUGUGACUUGCGAAGUGGAUGCCGAUCCUUCUGACGUAACUUUUCGUUGGACCCUAAACAACACCAUGGAUAACAUUGAGAUGCACAACAUCAAAUCAAAUGGUGCGUUUAGUGUGAUUACAUUUGCACCAAAAACGAUGGCAGAUUAUGGUGCUCUUCAGUGCUGGGGCAGAAAUUCUGUUGGAGAACAAAAAGAACCAUGCAUCGUCAGAAUAAUUCCAGCAGGUCCUCCGGAUCCAGUUAGGAAUUGCGUUGUAAUGAAUCAAUCUCAUUCGUGGCUUCUGAUCGAAUGCGAGCCCGGUUACAGCAAUGGCCUCCAGCAGAAGUUCCACCUCGAUGUGUACAAUUCCGCCGUGGACCAUCUGCAAGUAAAUAUGACAUCCAAUGAGGCGCCUGUGUUCAGCGUUCGCGACUUGCCAGCAGGGACUCCUUUUGUGCUGGUUGUUUACGCUUCCAAUGAGAAGGGAAAGAGUAAUUCGUUGGCUAUUGUGGGAAAUACCAUGCAAUCUCCUUCAUCGCAAGCUGAAGAGGCAUUUAUGGCAAAGCUAAGCCCUCUAGUUGCUGUUUUAUUGGCUCUCUUAGGAACGCUUUUAAUGAUUGGAGUGGUUGGUUUGGCUUUCAUACAAAUCCGUAAAAGGAGACCAAUUAAGGAAUCUAUCGAGGAGGACAAAAACGAAUUAGAGAUUUUCAUGAAGAAAAAUACAGAAGAUUUUGCGGAAACCACCAUUGCCUGUCCCGAUGUUGUGCCACCUAAUAAUGUGUAUACGAGUCCGGAUGGAGACAGCCUUUGCGGAAUAUCGAAACACUCAGACACGGUGAGAAGUAAGGAAGAUUAUAGGAAUUGCGUAGUAUCGUUGAAACGAACUUGGAGUUUUAAGAAAAUCCACCAAGGAAACACGGAAGUAGAAGUGACUCUAACAGACAUAAACAACGUUUUAACAAAGCCAACAGACUCUACUACAAGUUUAAGUCCGAUGCUUGGAGAUGUAACUAUAGAAAAUAGCAUCAAUAAGAAAAUCCUUAUAAAAGUAGAGCCUCCACCAGACUUUGAAAUGGGCCAAAAUAUUAAGAGUGGCAAAACAUAUCGAACAGAUUCAGUGUAGGCUCAUAAGUGCUGAAGGCGGUUGUUGUUUUUCAAGCCUCGUCCUCUAUCCAUAAAUACAAAUUGAUCACACUGCCACUUCGUCACGUACCUCGUUCAUUAUUCGACACAGCUGAAGAUAUUGGAAGCUUUACUGGAAAGAGAGCGAAGGAGUCAGCGGAAUGACAGAAAAGAACUUCACCAGGAAGAAACAUUGGUGCGUUGUGCCUUAUGAGCUGUGAUUGAAUACAAAUGUCUGUUUCAUCAAAGGCUUUUGUGAAUAGUGGAAGUGUUAUUUGCGGAUGAAACCGGUGCUCAAUUUCUGCUUUACAAAUGCAUUACCAUUCAAGAUCCUAGUUGUAUUCCAAUUGCUGUUUAUUAUACGAUGUCAGUGCAUGGAUGUUCUUCAUAAUGAAGCAGAUUGUCUUAAUGUCUCCCAUUUU